AUGGAAAGAGUUGGUGGUUUGGCCAUAGUGAGCAAUGCUGUGCGGCAUCUUGCAGGUGUUGCGAUGAUGGCUGUUUCGCGAGAUGUCGAAGUCGCCGAGGAGCGGGACUGCGAUGUGGACGACGUGUUCGAGGGGUGUGAGCUUCGCUGGUGUCGAGCAUCGAAAGCAAUUAAAAUCAAAAAAAAUUUUAUUAUAUAUUCAUUCACUUUUUUACACUUCACUUCAUUUUCAUAUUUACAAUUACAAUUAGUACAAAAUAAAUGUUUCAUUUCCAUUCCACUUACUUCUCCAUCUUCUCCGACACAACCUGUCAACAUACAAAAAAAAACCAUCAAUCCAUUGAAACAAAUUACAUAG